UGAUUAAUGUUUGUGUUUUAUUAAACAAACAUUUGACGAUUUUAGAAGCGCAGACGGGGAGGGGAGAUUUUUAGAUUAAAUAAAUUUGUGGACUUUGGACUUUUGACCAUUCUAUUUAUGGGUAUGGGAAAGUAAUUGUUUGUUGUUUGUAAUUUUAUAUUGUCACGAAGAUAAAUGAUUAAUAAAAAUCAGUGUUGUUUAAAGUAACGGGGAAAGGGGCUAUGGGGAAACCCCUUUAUUAGAGAAAAGAUCAAAGUCCAAAAUCCGAGGAGAAUGUGAGGAGGGACUUGUGAAGAUGUUCUGUUUAUCGGAACUCUACAACUAUGCGCUCCAAUGUUCGACGUAAACUUUGUAAUGGAUAAUUACGGAUUGAGCGGUGUAUUUUUGGAAAUUUGUUUUAUAGAAUUUGUUAAUUCCUUUUUAUUGCGAAGAGCACAUGCAGAUCCCUGCUCUCUAGCAAGCUAUUUCUCUUAUUUUGUUUCCAAAACAUUUUAUUCUUUUGGCCUUCAUUUUAAACACCUUGAAGCACUUGAAGACAACUGCAGUUCUGAUUUGACGGUAGCCAUUAUUUAUGGCUCUGUCGUUGAAGCAAUUGGACUGCUAGGGUGUAAAAUAGCUGAACAUUUUAUUGAUGAGACUUUAAUUGAUGAAAAGUAUGUUACAAUUGUGCUUUCAGCAAUUUCUGGUUUAAUAACUAUUUUGGGUAUGUUUUUAGACGGCGAAUAA